AUGGCAUUGGAGGUAGAGUGGUACGACUUGGUGUGUUUAGCCAUUGUUGGUGGGGCCUUGAUAGGUGCCUUAUGGGUGCUAUGGAAGAAUGAAGGAACCUCUCAAAUGGAUGAGACCCUUCUGGUGGGUGGAGCAUACAAUGGAGUGGUGAAUGUGAGCACCUCACAGUUAUGGAGCAGCUGUUGCCAUGGAGUGCACCCUUUGUGGCUCUUGGCCACUCGUUUCCUUUCCUUUGCGAUCAUGGCACUCUUAUUACCAAUUGAUCUUCUUGCCUACGAUGCUACCAUCUUUGUUUACUAUACAGAGUGGACUUUCACAUUAGUUAUGGUAUAUUUUGCGUUGGGGACUAUAGUAUCUGCAUACGGAUGUUGGCAGCUUUUAAACAAACCUCCACUUGAAAAUGGGGAAAUGGCUGAGUUUCUGAGAAGGGAUUCGGAAGAGAGUACGUCUACAAACACUAUGGUCUAUAAAGAGAAAGAAACCAAAGGUUCCAUCAAGUUUCAAAGCCAGUAUGUUGAAGAGGACUUUAAUCAAAGGGCUGGAUUCUGGGGUUACCUCAUGCAAAUUACCUAUCAGACUAGUGCUGGGGCUGUCGUCCUAACAGACGUUGUGUUUUGGUGUGUAAUUGUCCCAUUCUUAUCAAUUUCUCAUUUCGAGCUAAACAUGUUAAUGGGUUGCAUGCAUACCUUGAACGCAGUUUUUCUUCUUUUGGACACACUGUUAAAUAAUCUUCCCUUUCCUUGGUUUAGAGUCGCAUAUUUUGUGCUAUGGAGUUGUGGGUACAUAAUUUUCCAAUGGGUCAUCCACGCAUGUGGUUUUACAUGGUGGCCAUACCCAUUUCUCGAGCUUAAUACCCCGUGGGCUCCCCUUUGGUAUUUCUGCUUGGCAAUAAUUCACAUACCCUGCUACGGCAUGUAUUCAUUAAUAGUGAAAGCCAAAAAUACGAUUCUUCCCCAACUCUUCCCUCGUGCAUUUUUGAGGUCAUACUAGUUUGAUUGUCAUAGGGAAUUGCAGAAAUAUAGGAGUUGUUU